UAGGGAUUGACGAUCAAAUACUCACUCCACUUGUGUUCGUGCUCUUUUAAAUACUUACAAAUUACAAUCCUCUGUAUCUAUAUAUUCUACUUCUACCAUCUCACUCAUCUUCUUGAAUUCUGAUCAUCUCAACUCUAAGGUUAGUAUUGUCUAGGUUUUAUGGGAAGGACAAUUCAUGUCUCUGGAUUUCUCUAUUUGGUGCCUGCUGAAGACCUCAAGGCACAUCUUGAGAAAUAUACAGGCAAAGAUACUGUAUAUGCUGUAGAGGUUAAAGCGAGCAAAAAACAAGGUAAUGCACCAUAUGCUAGAGUCCAAUUCAUCACCAGCCAAAGUGCUGAGUAUUUUAUUGCAUUGUCUGCUCGACAACGCAUUUAUUAUGGAAGCCGUUACUUGAGGGCAUAUGCCAGUGAUAUAGACAUCAUACAAAAGCCAGAAGUAAGGACUUUUGUGGAUCGAAUGGAAGAUGUAAGCCUACAUUUUGGUUGCCAGAUUUCAGAGAAGAAAUAUUCUGUGUUCUGGAAAAAGACAGAUGUGAAAGUUAAAUUUGGUUCAGGACUUCAUAAGUUCUAUUUUUAUCUGUCCCAUGAGUCUGUUGAUUACAUGCUUCAGCUGUCCAGUGAAAAUAUUUGGAAGAUUGAGCUACGUCAUCCACGAGGUCAAAUUAAGAAGUUUAUCCUCAUUCAGCUAUCAGGCGCUCCACGGAUCUUUGAGAAACUUAAAGACUCCAUUCUCAACUAUUUUAAAGAAACUCCUGAAGAUUUCUGGGUCAGGGCAACUGAUUUCACUCCGUCACUUGCUCUAGGUCAGUCUUCUGCUUUAUGUCUUGAGAUUCCACAUGGUCGUGAUACCCCAGACUUUGGAGUAAGUGUUAUUUACCAGCAGAAUGAUGGCCAAUUUGAAUUAGAGAGUGGUUCAACCUUUUCUAACAAUUUGGAUCUGGUCCCAAUGCCGACUCUUCCCCGAAGUAUUCAAUUGCCAUAUAAUAUAUAUUUCAAGAUAUGUAGCUUAGUGCAGAAUGGCUAUAUUCCUGGGCCGGCAAUUGAUGGCAGAUUUUAUCACUUGAUGGGAAUAAAUGAAGUAUUUACAAAACAUACUCUAGAGAAAUUGGCCAACAAAAAGGAGUGCUGCUACGAUCCUGUGAAAUGGUUUACCGAGCAGUACAUCAAAUAUAGUACUUCCAGGCGACAGUGGGCAGCACCUUCUAUCACUUUAGAUACCGGAUUGGUACAUGUUCACAGGAUUCAAAUAACCCCAUCCAGAGUCUUUUGCUGUGGUCCAGAGAUCAAUGUUUCUAACCGUGUUUUACGCAAAUUUUCAAAUGAUAUUGAGAAUUUUCUUCGUGUUUCUUUCGUUGAUGAGGAGUGGAAUAAACUUUUCUCCACAGAUUUAUAUGCUCGUAAAAGAAACACAGGGAUCUAUAAGAGGAUAUUAUCAGUUCUCCAAAAUGGUAUCGUCAUCGGAACUAAGAAGUUUGACUUUCUUGCAUUUUCAUCAAGUCAGUUGCGGGAUAAUUCUGCAUGGCUGUUUGCUUCAACGGAAAAUCUAUCUGCUAAUGACAUAAGAAAAUGGAUGGGUGAUUUCCAUGAAAUUAAAAAUGUGGCAAAAUAUGCAGCCAGGCUUGGUCAAUCAUUCAGUUCGUCUACAGAAACCUUGACAGUUCCUAAGGAUGAGAUUGAAAUUCUUCCUGAUGUAGAGAACGGAACUAAAUAUGUAUUCUCUGAUGGAAUUGGAAAAAUAUCAGCUGACUUUGCAAAGAAAGUUGCUGUAAAAUGUGGUUUCAAAGAUUCUACGCCAUCUGCUUUCCAGAUUCGAUAUGGUGGUUACAAAGGUGUUGUCGCUAUUGAUCCCACUUCAUCAUGGAAACUGUCUCUAAGAAAGAGCAUGUGUAAAUAUGCAUCAUCUAAUAUAGGACUGGAUGUACUUGCAUGUAGCAAAUAUCAGCCCUGUUAUCUUAAUCGCCAGGUGAUCUCACUCUUAUCAACCCUUGGAGUCAAGGACAAUGUUUUCGAGAAGAUACAAAGAGAAGCUGUAGAUCAGCUGGACAUGAUCUUAGAACAUCCAUUAAGGGCACAAGAGGCGCUUGAUUUGAUGUAUCCAGGAGAGAAUGCACGUGUUCUGAAGGAGAUGCUUAAGUGUGGUUACAUGCCAAAAGCUGAACCCUUCCUCUUAAUGAUGCUACAAACCUUCCGGGCAUCAAAGUUACUGGAUUUGCGAACUAAAUCAAGGAUAUUCAUUCGGGAUGGGAGAUCAAUGAUGGGUUGUCUAGAUGAAACCAGAAGUUUAGAAUAUGGUCAGGUAUUUGUGCAAUAUUCUGGCUACGGGCGUAGAGCAUUCUAUGAUGAUACUUUUAUGAUGCAUUAUGAUAGUGGACAUAAAAGUAUAUAUGAGGGUCAGGUGCUUGUUGCCAAAAACCCUUGCUUGCACCCUGGUGAUAUUCGUGUCUUAAAGGCUGUUAAUGUGCCAGCUUUGCAUCAUAUGGUGGACUGUGUUGUUUUCCCACAAAAGGGAUCAAGGCCUCAUCCUAACGAAUGUUCAGGAAGUGAUUUAGAUGGAGAUAUCUACUUUGUAUGCUGGGAUCGUGAUCUUAUCCCACCAACGCUAAGACAACCCAUGGACUACACCUCAGCUGCUAGUAUACAAUUAGAUCAUGAGGUUACAAUUGAGGAGGUUCAAGAGUACUUCGCCGACUAUAUAGUUAAUGACAGUUUAGGGAUCAUUGCAAAUGCGCACACAGUCUUUGCAGAUAGGGAACCUCUUAAAGCCAUGAGUAAACCUUGCUUGGAGCUUGCAAAGCUCUUCUCAGUUGCUGUGGAUUUUCCAAAGACUGGUGUGGCAGCAGAAUUACCAUCUCAGUUGCGUGUUAAAGAAUAUCCAGAUUUCAUGGAAAAGCCUGACAAGGCCACUUAUAUUUCAGAACGUGUGCUUGGAAAGCUUUUUCGGGAUGUGAAAAAGAUUGCACCCGACAUCAUCAAGUCUUUUACGAAGGAAGUGGCAAAGCAGUCAUAUGAUUAUGAUAUGCAAGUUGAUGGUUUCCGAGAUUACCUUGAUGAGGCUUUUGAGUACAAGAGUGCCUAUGAUUAUGAGUUGGGAAACCUGAUGGAUUACUAUGGAAUUAAAACUGAGGCUGAAAUUCUUAGUGGUAAUAUAAUGAAGAUGUCAAAAUCUUUUGACAGGCGGAAGGAUGCGGAAGCAAUUUCUUUGGCAGUGAAGUCCUUAAGGAAAGAUGCUAGGACCUGGUUUAAAAAGAAUUAUGGGCCGUCAGAUGGAGAAAACGACAGCUUAUAUGCAAAAGCUUCUGCUUGGUACCAUGUCACAUAUCAUCCUGAUUACUGGGGUGUUUACAAUGAAGGAAUGGACCGUCCUCAUUUCCUUAGUUUCCCGUGGUGUGUUUAUGACAAGCUGAUCCACAUAAAGAAAGAAAAAAUGUCCAAAACUGCUUCGGUUACUGCUAUGCUCCAGAGGUUCAAUCUUCGGUAGUCCAAUGUUCUUAUAUAAUCAAAUCACUUUGUUUUCCAAUUUUCAUGUACUUAUUGACUAAUUUGCAUAUGUUGCUAAGUUUAGAUGCUGAUAACCAUGAUAUAUAUGGUAAAGAAACGAUUGCAUCGGGUUUGUAGUUUUCAGAAACUUGUGCUUUCACAAGUAUCUUUUCUCCCUUAAGAUGUGUAAUUGCCAAACUUCUAAAGCGUGUAUUAGAUGUGCAUAAGUUUUGUGUAUCAGAUUUCGAAUUGUGUUUA